AUGUCCUGGUACACUAAAUGGGAGCCGGGUCUCGUGUGGCGCACUUGGACGGUCAGUCCGGGUGCCGACGGGUAGAUCGGCCAUUGUCUCGACAUCUCCAAGAUGCGGAUUCACCUACAGCCUCGCAGGAGACCUCAAGGCAGGCGACCACCAGGUAGGCUGAAUAUUGCUUUGCUGUCUUUGCCUGUUUACCAUCCCCAUUUCAGCAAUGAACUAACUCAACGACUUACCAACCUUCCAGUCGCCGCCGCCACCGCUGACGAGAACGCCUCCGUGGAGAACCGAUGGUGUCAACAGCGGGACACAGUCCGGUCGACGGCCCUGGCUGUCCUCGGGUCACGCACGACGCCAACAUCAGUACCGGUUCAAUGACAACGACGCCGUCAUCAGCAACCCGCUCGCCGAGAACCACCUGCACAAAGCCCACAUCAAUCGUUCGACCGACGACAACAAAGCACCCUUCUACUGUAGCCGUCGCCACGUGCAACAGCUGUUGCGGGAGAUGCAGGAGGUGUGGGCGGCUCGCAAGGUCAAGGAGAUCCAAGGUUACGCGGAGCGUAACGAAUGGAAGAAUAUAUCUGCGAUCACGACUGUCUACGGUUUCACAACCAAAGCAACUGUUCCUCUUCUCUGCGCCGACGGCAGUACGCUAUUCACCAAAAAGACACAAAUUCUUCAGCGAUGGGCCGAACACUUCAGAAGCGUCCUCAACCGUACAUCCACCAUCUCCGACGCUGUCAUCGCCCGUCUGCCUCAAAUGGAGACCACCGCCGACCUCGACCUUCCGCCCUCCCUCUACGAAACCAUUAGUGUCGUGCAGCAGCUCUACAACGGAAAAGCGCCCGGAUCGGACACGAUCCCUGCUGAGAUCUACAAGCACGGUGCCCCCCAACCCAUGGAUCACCUGACGGCGCUCUCCCAGGAGAUGUGGUGUCAAGGAGAAGUUCCUCAAGACUUCAUGGACACCACAAUCGUCCACCUCUACAAACGCGAAGGGAACCGCCAAAUCGGCGACAACCACAGAGGCAUCUCCCCGCUCAACAUCGCUGGGAAGAUCUUCGCUCGCAUCCUUCUCAACCGCCUGAACAACAAUCUGGAACAAGGUCUCCUGCCAGAAAGUCACUGCGGUUUCCGCCGUCAUCGUGAAACCACCGACAUGAUCUUCGCCGCCCGUUAA